UCCAUCGCUUCCUAGCGCAUCCUCGCGACGCUUAAGAAACCUGUUGGGAAAUAUUGGAUCACGAAGUCAUAGGAUAUUGUCGGUCGGAAGUCGAGAAAAUCGCCGGAUCCAAGAUGUCGUCCGCUCCGACAGCAGACAUGACCCCCGCGGAGGCCGAAUCCGUCUACUUCAACAACUACCCUCCCCCCAAAGCUCUUCCGAAGCACGAGGCCCUGGCGCGCGCCUUCGUGGACUUGCAUGUCCAAGCGGGCCGGCGACUGGUCCUCGUCACUUCCGGAGGCACCACCGUUCCUCUGGAGAAUCAAACCGUGCGCUUCAUCGACAACUUCAGUGCCGGCACUCGAGGUGCCGUUUCGGCGGAGUACUUCCUGCAACAGGGCUAUGCCGUCAUUUUCCUCCACCGUCAGUUCAGUCUGCUGCCAUACUCGCGACACUACAGCCACUCGACCAACUGCUUCCUCGAUUUCAUGGACGAUGACGAGUCCGACUCCGAGGGCCGCCCGGUCGUUGUGUGCAAGGAAUACCAGGAUCAGAUGCGCGAUGUGCUGCGCAAGUACAAAUACGCCAAACGAAACAACCUCCUCCUACUCCUCCCCUUCACCACCAUCUCCGAGUAUCUGUUCGAACUGCGGUCGCUGGCGCAGUUGAUGAAGCCCCUGGGCCCCAACGCCCUAUUCUAUCUGGCGGCAGCGGUGAGCGACUUCUUCAUCCCCCACGAUCGCAUGUCGGAGCACAAGAUCCAGUCGUCGGAAUUGCCGAGUCACCUGGAAAGCGGCGGCCAGGGUGAAGAUUCGUCGGACAUAUACACCGGAGGACUCGAGCCACAACCGGUGCCGAACCGGAGCAAGAAACUGGUCAUCGACCUUGACCCGGUGCCCAAAUUCCUCCACCGGCUUGUGGAUGGCUGGGCACCGGACGGCAGCAUGGUGGUCUCGUUCAAGCUGGAGACGGACCCCAAUCUGCUGGUGUACAAGGCGAAAACCGCCCUGGAACGGUAUGCCCAUCACCUGGUGAUUGGCAACCUGCUGGCGACGCGGAAAUGGGAGGUGGUCUUUGUCACGCCGGAGCCUCCGUAUGAGCGUUGGAUUCGCGUGCCCAAAUCGCGGCGCAGCAAGAGCAUUUCCGGUAGCGAAGACCAGGUCGGGUUGGCCGAGGCGGCCAAACAGCGGGCGGGCGAAGCCGCGCUGACGGGAGAAACCAGUGGGGGCACCACCACUGGCCCCGACCGAGUUCCUGAGGUGGUCACCACCGCGGAAGAGGGGGUUGAGAUCGAGAGUCUGAUCAUUCCCGAGCUGGUCAAAUUGCAUUCCAACAAGAUUGCGCAGUAUAGCCGUUCGGCAUAGUGUUGCAUAGAUGGUGAGGAUUGCGGGUGGUGGAAAAGAGAGUGCGAAUGAACCGUUGCCAUUGCCAUACUGAGUAGCAAACUGUCAGGAACAGCCCGUUUUUUUGUCCCCUUCGGCUUUGGGGGCGGCAGAAAAAGC